AUGUCACUCUUUUUCAAGGCGCCAUUGGACAUUGAAAUCCGCCUAGAUGAUGAAAAAUCCCGCAAGCAUAUUGAACUCAAAUCCAAACAAGGCCGUAUCGACCUGUUGCCGCUCUUCAGAGAUGGCGAAUCGGUCAAAGGACAAGUGACCCUCAGAACCAGAGGUGGCAGAGAUGUGGAGCACAUCGGAGUUAAAGUCCAGUUGUUAGGUGCCAUAGAGUCGCCUUUGGAUACUAUAACGCUGUCCGAGUUUCUUAGUCUAGCCACAGAGCUUGCUGCUCCCGGUCACUUGAGGCAAUCGGAUACCUACGACUUUGCUUUCAAGAACGUGGAGAAGCAGUACGAGAGCUAUAGAGGCAAAAAUGUCAAUUUGCGUUACUUUAUACGUGUUGUUGUAUCUCGCAAAAACAAAGCAGACAUCACUAGGGAGAAGGACUUAUGGGUGUUGCAGUACGACAACUCUCUGAGCGAAGAGACGAACGGCAAUGCCGAAAGAAAGGUCAGCACUGGCAGCAGCACUGGUGGAGAAGUCAUGGCGAAGAGUGCCGCUAAGACGAUAGCGUCAUCCACGGUCAAAAUGGAUGUUGGCAUUGAGCACUGUCUACACAUUGAGUUUGAGUACAACAAGAGCCGAUUCUCGCUCAAGGAAGUGAUUGUGGGUCGUAUCUUCUUCAUGCUCGUGAGAAUCAAAAUUAAACACAUGGAGAUUUCACUUGUGAAGCGAGAAAUGGUGGGUUCAGCUCCGAAUCAGGUGGUGGAGUCAGACACUACGGUGCGGUUCGAGAUCAUGGAUGGUGCGCCGGUCAAGGGUGAAAGCAUUCCGAUUAGAUUGUUUUUGAAUGGCUACGAUCUCACGCCGACCUACAAGGAUGUGAACAAGAAGUUCUCGUGCAGAACAUACUUGCUGUUGGUGUUGAUUGAUGAGGAGGGCAGACGCUACUUCAAGCAGAGCGAAAUUGUUCUCUACAGAGAAGAGUAA